AUCUUUCAAGUAUCAAACUGAGCAGUGUACGUAAUUUCGGCGAUAAGGACAAGACCUGCCUUUGUUUACCGAGAAGCAAGGGAGUAUUCUAUAUUUCUUGUCGCCAUUUAUUGCAAACAUCGCUUUUCAGCACGAGAAAUUCAACAGCCGACCACCAAACGGUCUCAUAUUACCACGUCGCCAUACGUAGAAUAUUUGUGGUAUUUUUUUUAACCGUCUCGUCGUUGACUUGUGACCGACGGGUCGACCUUUCUGUGUAUUUGAAUCUUGUUAAUACUUUAAAACUUGCAACGGAAGAAGGAUAUUAAAGUUUCACAACGUUCUUCUCGCAUGCACAAAUGGCUACGCAGGCUUCGUGUUUGGAUCUUGCAUUGGAAGGGGAACGUUUGUGUAAAGCUGGCGACUGCCAGAACGGAGUUUCUUACUUCGAAGCGGCUAUUCAAGUAGGCACGAAGGAUUUAAAGACGCUCAGCGCCGUGUACAGUCAACUGGGCAAUGCUUAUUUCUUCUUACAAGAGUACGAGAAAGCCUUGGACUUUCAUCGUCAAGACCUGAGUCUCACCAGAACGCUCGGCGACCAAGAAGGCGAAGCGAAAGCCAGUGGCAAUUUAGGAAACACGCUCAAAGUUUUGGGCAAAUUUGACGAAGCGGUCGUUUGCUGUAUGAGACAUCUUGAAUUAUCGAAAGAAGCUGGCAAUAAGGUUCUUGAGGCAAGAGCUUUAUAUAACUUGGGAAACAUUUAUCACGCAAAAGGAAAGCAUGCCGGCCGAAGCUUUCAUCAAGAUCCCGGUAACUUUCCCGAAGAGGUUCGAGUGGCUUUGGAAAAGGCUGCUGAGUUUUACGAAGAAAAUCUCAAACUCGUACGAGAGUUGAAGGACCGCCGUGCUCAAGGAAGAGCUUGUGGUAAUCUUGGAAACACGCAUUAUCUAUUGGGCAACUUCAGUAAAGCUAUACUCUAUCACAGAGAGCGUUUGGUAAUUGCUCAAGAAUUUUCUGACUCGGCUGCCGAGAGACGCGCAUACAGUAACCUUGGAAAUGCUUAUGUUUUUCAAGGGAAAUUCGACCUGGCCACAGACUGCUACAAAAAGACUGUUGUGAUUGCUCAAACAUUGGGUGACAGAGCAGUGGAAGCACAGGCAUGCUACAGUUUGGGCAAUACUUAUACAUUGCUAAGUAAUUACGAAGAAGCCUGCAGGAAUCACUUGAAGCAUCUUGAAAUCGCCCAAGAACUCGGCGAUCGGAUUGGCGAAGGGCGUGCGUGUUGGAGUCUCGGAAACGUAAACACAUCGCUUGGCAAUCAGGAGAUAGCUCUUGAAUACGCGACUCGACAUCUUGAAAUAUCUAAAGAGGUUGGAGAUCGUGCUGGCCAAAUUACGGCACAGAUGAACAUAGCGGACCUGAAGACUUUGCUAAAUUCGCACGAACAGCAAGCUUUUGACAGGAGAAGCGUUUCAUUCACAUCUGGAGAGACGUCAAGCUCCAGUGAUUCAACGACACAUCAAAAAGAAAACAAGCCGAGACAUCUGAAAAGCGAUUCGAAAACAGCCGAGGUGCCGGUCGUUACUCGUAGAUCAAAAUCGACAACAGACCCUUCUCAAGUGCUUGUAGAAAUGCCUACGAACGUCAAUCAGACGAGCAGCGUACAUGUCCUUGAUGACAACUUUUUCGAACUUCUUUCGCGGUGUCAAGGCAACCGUAUGGAAGAGCAACGCGCCGAGAUGCCGAAUUCCAAAAACAAGAAUGGAGUACGUACGAAUAAGUUAAGAAGAAGCAUUAAGGGUCGAAAGGUGAAUUCGAUGACGCAAGAAGAAAUGUUUGAUAUGAUCGUCAAAUCACAGGAGUCGCGUAUCGACGACCAACGAUGUGAUCCCGAUCUUGUGCAACAAGCCCCGACAGUUCCAGACGAGGAUUUCUUCGGAUUAAUCAUGCGCCUUCAAUCUAAUCGUAUCGACGAACAGCGGUGUAGUCUACCCGAGAAUAGGCGUAAUCAGAACAUAGCAAAAGACAAGGGGACACAGUCGGAAUAUCGAAAAGAAUCGCAACUGUGAUGAAAGAAACGCAUGUUCGGACAAUUUAGUGAAAUGAGCAUUUUAACAUAUGUGUAGUUAUGUUUGCGGUACUUAUCUUAUUGUUCGCUCUAGUGCAUUUAAUGCAUUUAUGGAUAUUACCAACGGAAGAGUUAUUUUAAUGUGAUUUUUACCGAGCGCGGAUACUUAUUUUAAAGUGCGCGUUCCAUGAUCUGAUGACUGUUCCUUGAUAAAGAAAAGCCGGGCGCUGCUCAGACAGCAAUCUAUCUCACAAAAAUUAUGUCGGGAAAGCAGGAAAAUCUCAGGUCAAAACUACUUUACGACCUUUAUUUUACUCUUGCAUCGUUCUUUUGAAGGAUCAUGUCCGUGUACUUUUCUUUAAAACCGAGUUCUUUACUGUCCGUAGAUUUCUCCGUAAUCCAGGCCAAAAGCAGGCAAUUUUAGCGUUCCGUUUUAUUUCAAUUUAUUAUCUAUAAACAUAUGUGUAUAUAUUCAUUGCUUUUUUGUGUACAUAAUCUUAUACGGGUCAAUUCCACUGAACUGUAUGGAAAUUGCAUCACUUCCAGGCUCAGCGUUUCUAGUUUGAAUACAUUUUAUCAGGUAUCAAUGA